AUGAGAAGACCUGGAGAGGCCCUCGACAAUGCUCUUCAGGCUCUGGAGAUCAUAAAGGAUCUUGAGGACCUACCCUGGGAGGCUGUUAUGCUGCACUCUGUGGCUGCUUUGCGCUGUGCCACGAAGCAGUACCCAGAAGCGCUCCAAGCAGCCCAGGAGGCAAUCUGGAUCCUGGAAGACAUUGGAGACCGAAGUGGGCAGGCUGGCCUCUGUCUGUGA